CCGCAGUGUAUAUAAAUUGCUUACAAAUAUUUCAGCCCUAAAAAAAUCAUUUUUUAAAGAAGCUCAUAAAAAAAGGUAUAAGGAUAUACAGCAAGAUGUUGCAAUAUAUUUUGAUUCUAUCGAUCGUUUCAAUGUGUAGUUAUGGAAAAGAAGCACGUCAAUUAAAAAAACUUCCUACAGUCCCAGCAUAUUUAUACAAGGCAGAAAAACAACAGUUGACUAAUUCUAAACGAAAUUUCCUUGUUGGAAAACCUUUGGUCCAGGAUGCUAAUAAACUUCCUACAGUCCCAGCUUAUUUAUACAAGGCAGAAAAAAAACAAUUGACUAAUUCUAAACGAAAUUUCCUUGUUGGAAAACCUUUGGUCCAGAAUGCUAAUAAACUUCCUACAGUCCCAGCUUAUCUAUACAAGGCAGAAAAAAAACGGUUGACUAAUUCUAAACGAAAUUUCCUUGUUGGAAAACCUUUGGUCCAGGAUGCUAUUAAGGCCAACCGAAGUUGAGAUUUUUAGAGUCCAACCAAAGAUGAGAUUUGCUCAAUAUUUCUUCGAAGAUUGAUCAUUGAAGAUAAUCGUCUUAAUUUUUAGAAGUUUUGUUCUGUCGCUUUAAUAUUUUUAUUUUAUUUUGAUGUUGACAAAUUAAUUUUUAAUUUUUAUGCACAUUUCUAUUUAAAUGGUUGUUUUUAAAACUUUGUCAUUUUUUAAAGUUGUUUAGGAAAGAUUUUUCAAUUACCAA